CUACUGAAAUCAGUCGAGUUCGCCUUUUCGACACGUCAACAGGAGCACUAGUCCACCAUUUACUGUGCCAUCAAAUUUCAUCCUGUUUCCAUGGCUAACUUUGCCAUCACGCUGCUGCUAGCUGUUGUCUCGAUGCUGGCUGGAUCUACUACGGGUGGACCGAUGGGCUCAUCUUCUGCAUCAAGUAGCUAUUACCAGACCACAACAACGAAAGAGUACUACACCACCAAGGAAACUGAAUACUACACGACGACUUACACUGCUCCCAGCUACUACACUGAGGCCCCCAAGUACUACACCACUAAAGCGCCGGAGUACUACACCACGACGUAUGCAGCUCCUACCUAUUACACCGAGGCCCCGAAGUACUACACCACCAAGGCUCCCGAGUACUACACCACGGCUUCUUACUAUACCACAAAGGCGCCUGAGUACUAUACCACAAAGGCUCCGGAGUAUUACACCACAAAGAAGAUCGAGUACUACACAACAACCUACGCUGCCCCUAGCUACUACACCGAGGCUCCGAAGUAUUACACCACUGAGGCUCCAAAGUACUACACCACGACGUAUGCGGCCCCUAGUUAUUACACCGAAGCCCCAAAGUACUACACCACCAAGGCCCCCGAGUACUACACUACCAAGAAAGCUGAGUACUACACAACACCGGAGACGUACUACACCACGACCUACGCAGCUCCUAGCUACUACACCGAAGCUCCUAAGUACUACACCACCAAGGCACCUGAAUACUACACUGAGGCUCCAAAGUACUACUCGGCUCCAAGUUACAGCACCACAGCGGCUCCUUACUACACCACUGAAGCUGCUAAGUAUUACGUAGCCCCAACUUACUACUCCACUGCUGCUCCGUCUUACUAUGUUGAGCCAACUUACUACACCGAGGGUCCGCAAUAUUACUCAGCUCCUAGCUACUACGAGACCGAAGCACCAAAGUACUACACAACUGCUGCCCCAAGCUACUACACCGAAGCCUCUAAGUAUUAUGCUGCCCCGAGCUAUUACCAGACUGAAGCGCCCGUUUAUUAUACUAAAGCUCCCGAGUACUACACCACUACCUCCUACUACACCACAAAAGCCGCCGAGUACUACACAACUGCCCCCUAUUACACCACCAAGGCUCCAGAGUACUAUUCUACAACCUACGCAGCCCCUAGCUACUACACAGAGGCCCCAAAGUACUACACCACCAAGGCACCCGAAUACUACGUAGAGGCCCAGAAGUAUUAUUCGGCUCCAACCUACACCACUACAGCUGCUCCUUACUACACCACUGAAGCCGCCAAGUAUUACAUAGCUCCAACUUACUACACCGCUGCUGCCCCAUCUUACUAUGUUGAGCCAACUUACUACACCGAAGCACCUCAGUACUACGUUGCUCCCAGCUACUACACCGAGGCUCCUAAGUACUACACCACAAAGGCUCCAGAAUACUACACUACUGCUGCUUACUACACCACCAAGGCACCCGAGUACUACACAACCCAGGCACCUUACUACACUACGACUUAUGCAGCUCCUGCCUACUACACUGAGGCCCCAAAGUACUACACCACCAAAGCAGCUGAGUAUUAUACAACUGCCUCCUACUACACCACUAAGGCGCCAGAAUACUACACCACCAAGAAAGCUGAAUACUACACUACUCCAGCACCUUACUACAGCACUACGACCUACGCUGCUCCCAGCUACUACACCGAGGCUCCUAAGUAUUACACCACUGCUGCUUACUACACCAAGGUUCCCGAGUACUACACCACCAAGGCUCCCGAAUAUUACACAACCACUUCCUACUACAACACAAAGGCUCCUGAGUACUACACAACCAAGAAAACCGAGUACUACACUGAGGCUCCCAAAUAUUAUUCUGCGCCAGCAUACUAGAUGUUGUUAAUAUUUCAUGCCAAAGAGAAUCUAUUUAUUUAUUAUUCGUUUCGCUUUAAAAAUCAGCGUAUUGAAAUGACUCAGCUCAUUGCAUUGUUCACUCAAAUGUCAUGUGUUGCACGGUGUUGCAUUAGUUUUUAUUGGUGUUCAAUGUUUACGGCAUCUUGAGAAAUUAUUGGAAUAGUUUAAAAGCACAAUAUAAAAGAAAUAAAAACUUACGUUUUCUAA